AUGUCGAUCUACAGAAACACCAUCUGGUUUUUCAAAGGCAUGCAGGAGUAUACCAGGUGCGGUUACGAGGCGGCGGCGAAGCGCUUCUCUCCCUCAGACCUGGAGGUGGAUCUCAGCGGUCGCUCCUUCAUCAUCACCGGCUCCAACAGCGGCAUCGGGAAGGCCACGGCGCUGGAGGUCGCCAACAGAGGGGGAACGGUGCACAUGGUUUGCAGAAACAAGGACCGAGCCAACGCGGCCAAAGACGAGAUUGUGGAAAAGAGUCAAAACCAGAACGUCCACGUCCACAUCCUGGACAUGUCCAACAUGAAGCAGGUCUGGGACUUCGCCCACAGCUUCGCUCAGAACAACACGCUGCAUGUUCUGAUCAACAACGCCGGCUGCAUGGUGAACCAGAGAGAGCUGACGGACGAGGGGCUGGAGAAGAACUUUGCCACGAACACUCUGGGCACUUACAUCCUCACCACGGCGCUGAUCCCUUUGCUGAAGCAGGCGCAGGACCCCAGAGUGGUCACGGUGUCGUCGGGCGGAAUGUUGACUCAGAAACUCAACGUGGACGAUCUGCAGUUUGAGAAGGGAACGUUCGACGGGACCAUGGCUUAUGCCCAGAACAAGAGGCAGCAGGUGAUCUUCACAGAGAGACUGGCCGCGCAGCACAAAGAGAUCCACUUCUCCACCAUGCACCCGGGAUGGGCCGACACGCCAGCGGUCCAGACCUCCAUGCCCUCGUUCCACGCCAAGAUGCAGUCUCGUCUGAGAACUGAGGCCAUGGGAGCAGACACCGCUGUGUGGCUCUCUGUGUCUGAGGCUGCCUCCAAACAACCCAGCGGACUCUUCUUCCAAGACCGUGUUCCCGUGUCGACACAUUUGCCUCUGGCCGCUUCCAAAUCCACUCCACAGGAAGAAGAAAAACUCAUGAGCGUCUUGGAAGAGUUCGCCCUCAAAUUUAAACCAUAA